AUGCUCGUGCCGUAUGCGCACCAGAACCUGACGUGGACGGAGCACGCGUUCAAUGAGCUGGUCGCCGCCGCGCGCGGUGUGGCGCGGGGCGCGGUCAGGCGGCUCAAGGCGCGGUGGCGCUGCUUACAGCGCCGCAGCGAGGUGACGAUGCAGGACCUCCCCAGCAUGAUCGCUGCCUGCUGCGUGCUGCACAACGUCUGCGAACGCGCCGGCGAGGAGCUCGACCCCGAUCUCAUGCAGUAUGAGCUCGAUGACGACGACGGUGACGUCGUCGCUCACGACACCGCGCCCCCCGCACCGGCAGUGCAGGCGGCGCGAGACAGGAUCGCGCACGGCCUCCUGCACGGCAGCCACGCUAGUAACUAG